GCCAUGACAGUGUCGUACUCCUUGGAGGUGGCCAACGCUCGAUUCGGUGGCUUCUCCAAGCUCCUCUUCCGUUGGAGAGGGAGUAUCUACCGGCUGCUUUACAAGGAAUUCCUGGUGUUCUGUGCGCUGUACGCCUUUGUCAGUGUCUUCUACAGAUAUACACUCACAUCUAGACAACGGGACCUGUUUGAGCGCAUUGCCCUCUACUGUGAUCAUUUCACCAACACCAACUUCAUCCCAGUCUCUUUUGUGCUGGGAUUUUACGUGACCUUGGCCUUCAACCGAUGGUGGGGUCAGUACACCAGCUUCCCGCUGCCGGACAACCUGAUGAUGGUGGUGUCUGGGAACGUGCACGGCAGAGACGAGCGGGGACGCCUGCUGCGGCGCACGCUGAUGAGAUAUGCGCACCUGUCGUCUGUCCUCAUCCUGCGCUCCAUCAGCACGAGGGUCCGCAAGCGGUUCCCCUCCCUCGAGCACAUCGUAGACGCCGGGUUUAUGACGGCAAAGGAUGUGGAAAAGCUGGAGUCCCUGAACUCUGACUUCAACAAGUAUUGGAUGCCCCUCACGUGGUUCUCCAACCUGGCGGCCGAAGCCAGGGAAGAGGGUCGAGUCAGGAACGAUGUGGCGCUUAAACUCCUCAUGGAAGAGCUCAAUAAAUACAGAGCCAAGUGUAGCCUCCUGUUCCACUAUGACUGGAUCAGCAUUCCUCUGGUCUACACGCAGGUCGUGACGGUUGCAGUAUACUCCUUCUUUGCUUUCUGCCUGAUCGGACGACAGUUCCUAAACCCGAUGAAGGGCUACAAAGACCAUAAGAUCGACUUGUACGUCCCUGUUUUCACACUUCUCCAGUUCUUCUUCUACGUCGGAUGGCUCAAGGUGGCCGAGUUAAUCAUCAAUCCCUUUGGAGAGGACGACGACGACUUUGAAACCAACCAACUGAUCGACCGAAACUUUCAGGUCUCCAUGUUGGCUGUGGACGACAUGUACCAGAACCUCCCCCCGACGGUGAGGGAUAAGCACUGGGCCGCGGCGGGCUCCCCCGCGCCCUACAGCCAGACCGCCGGCCCCGGGGCGCGGACCCCCGCCUUCAUGGGCUCCACCUACGACAUGAGGAUGAGCGCUGAGGAUCUUCAGGUGCACCAGCCACAGGACUCCUCUUCGAACAUUGUGAUGCUUCAGCCCAGGGGCUCCCUUGGAGACGGGCUGGAGGGGGUUUGGGAGAAGGGCAAGGGAAUCAUUCGAGGGGCGAGCCUCCCGUCCCUGCUGGAAGGCUUGACACACCCGGUCGAGGAUGACUGCGUUAACGGCAGUGGCGAUGAGGUCUGAGCCCUGACUCAAGAACACAGGCAAUGAUUACAGUUGGAUUACAUGAUGGCAUUAAGAGGAGGUUUAUGCAUUUGUUUAAGCUUUCUACAGUCUGUUUUUGUUACAAUAAUGGUUUUGAAACAUGAUUUAUUUAUUAUUUUAUUUUUAACCUUAUAUAUAU